AUGCUUCAUGCUGAAAGUAGAGUAAGGCUCUUGGAGUGUCAGGAUGAAAUCACAAUUGAACCAUGUUCUAAAAAAAUGAAGUCAACAGAAGGGGCUUACGAGAAGCUCUCUGAUGAUGACAACCAAGGUAUUCAAGAGGAAGUGGACACUGAGAGAACAUCAAAUGAUUUGAUGCCAGCGUUUGCGUCAGAUAACCGAGGGCAACAUGAAAUGCAGAAGCAAGAGAAAAUACCUACUGGUAUCUUGGGAACACUGAAUGAAGAGCUCCCUGAAUAUAAUCUAGUGCUUAGUCAGCCACUUGAUUCAGAAACUGUGCAGAAUGUAAAUCUUCCAUUUGCAUCAAUAAAUGACACUAAAGUUGAAGAAAAGAAAGGCCCUUUUAUUACAAACAGUGCUGGUGAAGAUAAUAUUAGAAAUAGCAGUACAUCAUUCUCAGUAAAUAGAAAUGCAUCAGAUGAAGAGUUUUUUACAAGCAAAGAAUUUAUCGGACCGAUUUACAAGCCUGCCGAAAGUAACAAACAGGACAAAUCUGGCAGUUGCAAUGAAUGUAAAAGCAGCGAGGGAGAUCAGAAUGAAUUGGAUGAAAACGGAGCUAAAAGAAAGGAGGCAAAGAAGAUGCAGACUAUUUCUUCUGCUGUACCAGAAAUAGAUGAUGAACUAGACCAGUUCUAUAAAGAAAUUCACCAGCUGGAAAAUGAAAAUUUAGAUACUAAUUUUCAGGAAAAAGAAACUGAAACUUCUCAGGAACAAUACUCUCCAUAUAACUGUAGUCAAACGUCGCAAGAGGAUUAUCAACACAUAUUGUUGGGCAGCCCACAACCAUUUUAUGAGAAUGGACAGUGUUUCUUUGGGGAACAGAACAGUCAGAAAACAAGCAAUGAGCAGCAGUUUGUUGUGGAAACAAGUGGCUGGAAAGCUGAAAAUACCUUUAAUGGACAAGUAGAUUCUAAAUAUUGGAACUACUCAGUGCCUGAAUUCAGACCUGCUUGGCAGUUAACAGAGUCUUUCAUAGUACCUCAGGGACCUCUUCCUCCUAGAUGCAACUAUCAAUCGCAUUUUCAGAUACUUAAUUCCCCACCACAAAAAACAAAUGUUCUCCCUUCUCAGAAUGGUGAACUUUCUUACAAAAAUUAUCAUGGUUACUAUGGAAAUACUGAUAUCAACAGUCAUGGUCCAUUGCUUGAUCAAAGUACCAACUAUGCUGGUCAUAUUGAUAUCCAUACUACUCAGGUCUUCAGAAAUGGAAAUAAUGACCAGAAUGGACUCCGAAAUAAUGACCAGAAUGGACUCCGAAAUAAUGACCAGAAUGGACUCCGAAAUAAUGACCAGAAUGGACUCCGAAAUAAUGGUUUCUUUGAAACCAGAGAAGAGUGUUGCCAGAAUGGACCGAAAUAA